AUGCAAGAUUUGAACCUCUUGUUUAAUAAGAGCCCAUAUCCAAACCCCAGCCUUCAGAAAGAAAUGGCUUCAAAAAUGAACAUACAUCCAACAGUAGUGCAGGUCUGGUUCAAGAGCCACAGAGCAAAGAUCAAGAAAGCAAAAUGCAAUCCUGUUCAACAAGAAGCUCAACCACAGCAAUUAACUGAGGAGAACGUUACCAGUCCUUCCCAGACAAAUAUGGACAAACCUCCCAGAUCCCCCAGUGGUGCCUAUCCUGAAGCCCUAGUUUACAUAGAUCAUCUGGCACCCUUAUUCCAAUUCAGCUUAUGUUCCAGUUUUAAGGUCCCCACAGACCACUCUGACCACAAAACAGUCCAUUUUGUCUGCUGCCAAGAUCCUAACAUAUACUGCCUCUAUCCCAUUUUGGAAUCCUGA